UCAUUAAAAAAAUCUACUCCUCACCUUAGCUACCUAGAACAAAGACAGGGGUGGUGUCCUCGUCUAAUUAAAUUUUCUGAGCUGUCUUCCCUCUGCAGUUAGCUGUGCGCGUUUUAAGUUAGAAUAUUUCUUAAUUGAUUCCCGGUAUCUACAAUUAAUUGUUUCACUUGGCUAAUGAAUGAAUGGAUGGAUGUUGCUUUCAUUUGCCCGUUCCAUGUAAGUUGGCUAUAGUGCAGUUGGGGGGGAACUAUUCAUGUUGAUACAAUAUAUUUAUUUCGGUCCCGUUGUAUUCACUUUAGUAAUGUCAUUCCUUGAUACUGUAGCUGUCAGGAGGUGAGCAGUCAAUACAGUGUUACAAAUGAAUGAUGAAGAAUGUAUUGAGAUCUAAACAAAACCCAAAUAUUUAAAUAACAUUUUUAUUCAUCUUACAUGAACAUUACAUAUACAUUGUCCUUAUCUACGUUUUAAGGACACGCAUUAACAUUUAACUUACAAGUACUUGCCAUUUAUAUUAGAAAUCUUUUUUUUUUUUUUUUUUUUGUUAAACGCUGUGCGGGUUUUUUCACCUUCUCCUCAGACAUAGACUAUAGCCUGUCAUAAAUGUAUGAGUGGCGCUCGACUGUCGCUGUCAAUGCAGCACCUGUAUAAUUGUUUACAUUGUGCUCUUUGGUUUGCAAGCAAAAACUAUAUUCAUAUAGACCUACCAGUCGCUAUUUUUCGACAGCAGCAUGUUCAUUGACUGACAAGACCAGGAUAGCGAUAACAUUCCCAAAUGUAAUCGGAUAAGUGCUUGACAUUUAAACAAUGAUACCAGUGGUUGCUCAUUAAUGCGGUUUCGAAAAAGGCUAUUUCAAUGAACUUGACAAAAUUACGGAUGAGUUGGUGCUGGGUAUACUUAUCUUCGUAAUUGGUUAAAUAAUCAAUUUCCGAAGGCAGAUGAAUACAAAUGUCUACGAGCAUUGGAGACAAUUCAGAGUCGUUGCCAAAUUGUGCGUUGACGUCAGAGCUUUGUUUUAUGGAGCUACACGUGGCCCGUUGAGUGUAUAACCGUCAUCAGGACCAGCAGUCUGUUUUUAUUUUACUGUAUCCACAACCAAGGGAGAAAGUCAGUGAGCCCUGAAGUUUAUUAUGGACUACGAAAGACCGAACGUAGAAACCAUCAAGUGUGUAGUAGUCGGAGACAACGCCGUGGGGAAGACUCGACUCAUUUGCGCCCGAGCAUGCAACACAACCCUGACCCAGUAUCAACUCCUGGCAACCCAUGUACCAACCGUCUGGGCUAUUGAUCAGUACCGGGUCUGCCAAGAGGUCUUAGAGCGUUCUCGUGAUGUCGUGGACGAAGUUAGCGUGUCUCUCAGGCUGUGGGACACUUUUGGGGACCACCAUAAAGACAGACGCUUCGCAUAUGGAAGGUCUGACGUGGUGGUGUUGUGCUUCUCCAUCGCCAACCCCAACUCCCUCCAUCACGUCAAGACCAUGUGGUACCUGGAGAUCAAGCACUUCUGCCCGCGGACACCAGUCAUCCUUGUGGGAUGCCAACUCGACCUGCGGUAUGCUGACCUGGAGGCUGUCAAUCGAGCCAGGCGGCCAUUAGCGAGGCCUAUAAAACCCAGUGAUAUCCUACCACCCGAAAGUGGCAGGGAAGUUGCCAAAGAGCUUGGCAUUCCCUACUAUGAGACAAGUGUCUUCGAUCAGUUUGGCAUCAAGGACAUUUUCGACAAUGCAAUUCGAGCCGCCCUCAUCUCCAGAAGGCACCUGCAGUUCUGGAAGUCACACCUGAGGAGGGUGCAGAAACCACUGCUGCAGGCCCCGUUCCUGCCUCCCAAGGCUCCCCCGCCCCUCAUCAAAAUCCCAGAAUGCCCUCCGAACAACCGAGAUGGUCCACGGCAGCUGCUGGAGAGUCCGCUGUGCGCCGACGUGAUGUUCAUCCUGCAGGACCACAUCCACAUCUUCGCCCACAAGAUCUACCUCUCUACCUCAUCCUCCAAAUUCUACGACCUCUUCCAGAUGGACAUCUCAGACGAGUCCCAGUGCUUGGUCGUGACUGAGCGGCAGGGGAGGGACCACCUGAUGCGGACCCUCAGCCUGGACACGGAGGAUGACGCUGACGUCCUGCACACUCUCUCGCCCUGCUCCCUCAGGGCAUCCAAGAGCGACGGCACACUGAAGAUGAUGAGCUUCAGUGGGAAGCACCGGAGGACCAAGCUGUCCCUGGCCUCCUGGAGCAAGGCCUUCUACAGCAUCCACAAAGAGACGGUCACCAACCCUGUGACCGCCACGCCGGCAUCCAUGACCGUGGUGAAGAUGGACUACUCCAUCCAGUUGGGUCCCUUCAGCGCGGUCCUCCGCUUCCUCUACACGGGGGAGCUGGACGAGAGGGAGAAGGACUUGAUGAAGAUUGCGCAGAUUGCUGAAAUACUUGAAAUCUUUGACUUGAGGAUGAUGGUUGAGAACAUCAUGAACAAAGAGGCUUUCAUGAAUCAGGAAAUCACAAAAGCAUUUUACGUUCGAAAAGCAAACAGAAUUAAAGAAUGUCUGGCCAAGGACACCUUUACAGAUGUCAUAUUCAGAUUGGAUGAUGGAACCAUCAAUGCCCAUAAGCCUUUGCUGAUAUCCAGCUGUGACUGGAUGGCUGCUUUGUUUGGCGGGUCUUUCUUGGAGAGCGCAAACAACGAGGUGUCCUUCCCCAACACAAGUAGGGCGUGCAUGCAAACAGUACUGGAGUACCUGUACACCAAUCAGCUCUGCCCUAUGGCUGACCUUGACCCACUGGAAUUAAUUGCUCUGGCCAACAGACUGUGCCUUCCCCGACUGGUGGCUCUAACAGAACAAUAUGCUGUGAGUGAGCUGAUGAAAGCUUCAAAAGAGGGACAGGACACAGAUGGAGAAGUCCUCACAUACCUUGAACUGGCUCAGUUCCAUAAUGCUAACCAGUUAGCUGCUUGGUGCUUACAUCAUAUCUGCACUCAUUACAACAGUGUCUGUGCCAAUUACCGCAAGGAAAUCAAAUCUAAAUCAGCAGAGAAUCAGGAGUACUUUGAGAAGCACCGCUGGCCUCCGGUGUGGUACCUGAAGGAGGAAGACCACUACCAGCGCGUGAGGAAGGAGAGGGAGAAGGAGGACGUCGUCCACAGCAAGCACCACUCCAGACGUAGGUGGUGUUUCUGGAGCACCUCUGCCGUGGUGGUCUGAGCAGCCCCGCACCCCCCUGUGACGGGGAACCAUGGCAACCGCCGCGGUGAAGUGUUGCUCACUCCCCCCCUCCUGUAUUUCUGUCUUAAUCUCCAGAGGACAUACAGUAUCUAUCAAUGCACUGACUUUCAUUUUUUGUCUUUAAAAAAAAAAAAAAAAAAAAAAAUUGUGGGUUACUGCACUUCUGUGGUCCGAAGCACAACCUGUGUGCACGAGCAACACAUCGCCAUCGGGGAAGGAGGGGUCAUCAUUGGAAAUUGUUUUUUUAAAGUGGCUUAACUCCCAUUGCUUAACACACCAACGAAUGGAAAUUGUAUCCGUUUAUUGUACCAGUGCUUUUCGUGACUGUAGGUUCUGUGGCUUGCCAAACAGCACCUGGCUCAAACCACAGUCCGGGCAUAAAGCCAUUUGCCAGCAAAUGUAUGUAAAAAAUGGGAGUUUUUCCACAAUUAUUUGUGAAUAAGACAUACCAAAUACUGUUACAAGCUGCUUAGGUUUUCUGUUUCAUGUAGAUGCCAUUGUCUUUUACAUCCACAAAGUGAUUUAAGUGCUAAAGUACUCAUUGUAAUAGCAGUACUAGUAAGAAAUGUGUGCUAUAAUGAACCACCACAAGACUCACAGGCACGAUGACCCAAUUUCCAAGUGUGCUUUGAUUUGAAUGUUAUUUUGUCACUUCUGACAUUGAAUAUUCGGGCAAAAAGCUCACCGUCGUAAAGUCUGUGUUUGCUGUAGGUGUGUAACCACAUUGGUGUAACGUGUUAAAUAUUAGAUUGCUGAAGUUUAACAGCAGUCACCAACCCUUAGAUGGUAUAAAUCAGCAUUAAUGCAAUAACUUUUUGCCUGGAGGAAAUGAAGUCUUGUCAGACAAGUAGGUCAUCAGCCUACCAAGUGUCAACAGACUUCACCCAGAAAUGGAAAUAUACUAGUCUUGCUCCAGAUAAGAAAUUAUUUUUGUACAACUUCUCUAUAUCCUUUGUUGUUGCACAGUAUUAACCUAUGUGGUUCAAGAGUUAUCUCCUAUGGUAAUUAGAAGGGCUUAGUACUAUGAAUUAGUUCAGGGUUUAGUCAUGGACAUUAACUUCACAACACAACCUAUAUCUGCGACUGGCAUAAUAUAUUAUUGUUACUAUUGCCCUACUAGGUGUUACUUAGUUUGUAACACAAGUUGAUUUACUUGGAAUAAAUAACAUAUCAGCCAAUAUCAAAUCCAUUAAGAGUGUUCUACGUAGAUAUUGCCGAAGGGAAUUACAGCUUUCAAGCUUUCAGCAUAGGAUGAAAAAUUAGAGGAUGAUAAUUUCUGCCUGUGUCAUUGUAGACCAGUAUAUAAAGAAGCUGUGCAGUACUGUGCUGUACUGUAGGUGUUUGUGUUUGUACCUCCAAUGUAUGAGCCCCCUGGAGAUAUGGUCAUGUGAUCCAGUUGGGAAAAUGUAAGCGGGUUUGAACCUGCCCAUCAGAAAGGGGAAAUACUUGAAAAAGUGUUUAAUUUUCUAUUCGUAGAGUAGAUUUACUUAAGUUAACCGAAAUGGUACUUAGACCGUCACACUUAUUAGAUACCAUGCAAUUGUUAUUUAUUGGCGAAUUUGCUAAAUUUCUUCAUCAGCUGCUAAAAAAAAAGAAAACCAAGUGGCUGGUUCAUUUGGUUCCUGCUGUCAAAGGCCUUUGAUCUUGCUGGUAAUUAUCCUUAAAGCUGUUUGUUUAUUUAUUUAUUUUUUAAAGGGAAUACUGUUAAAUAAAUUAUUGAUUUUACCUAA